AUGGCUAUCCGAGAUCAUUUCCGCCGCCGCAAGUCCAUCUCCGAGCCAAGCCAAGGGAAUGGCGGCAUUACUUCGCCAGAAUCCAAGUCACCCGCCCUCCGCCUUGCCAAGACUCUAGGAUGGCGUUCGACGAAGGAGGAAAAGCCCAAGAAGAAGGUCGCCAAGGACGAGAUUGAGAAGCCCGAUCCUCGUGAAAGGCCCUUCAGCGAGACCAACCUCAGACAUCAAGAGAUUCUCAACGGCUUCACCCUGACCUUCGGCAAGAGGCGCCCAAGCCGUGACCAGACACGCUCAAGCUACUACAGCAUCGGCUACUUUGGAAGAUCAACCAGCGAAGCCUUCAAGAUGGCAUCCCUCCAGGGGAACGGAUGGAUUCUUGGUACCAAGAAUUGGUACAUCAUGGUGAUGACCGACGUCCCUGGCAGAUACAAGCUUGACAAGAACACCAAGAAGCUGUUGCAGCAUCUGGACGAUGUCAAGGCCAGGUUGAUGGAAGAGUAUGAACUCGCCCGGAUGGUCCGCAUGAGCUCUGAGAAUCGCAAAUCUCUCACAGCCACCAUUCGCAAGGUCGCAUUGUUGAUGCAGCAGCAGCCAGGCCAAGCAACUUCCUGCAUUCAACUCAUCGAGAUGUGCACCGAGAUUCUGGACAUUGCCAAUCGCCCGCCUCCUCCCCAGGCAUUUCCCUUCAUGAAGCUACCCCGAGAGAUUCGAGCUCGAAUCAUCAACAUGAUCAUCGACGAGUACGGAGGUGUCCAGCAGAUGGAGCUUACUCUGCGCAACCGAAAAUGCACCUGCGCGAAUGCGGAGAAGCACUCCUGGUAUGUGGUUUCCAAGGCCCAGAGGGAGACCUUCCAGCAAUUGGGUGCUUCUCUGGGUGACGAGUUCUACAAUCUUCUCUACGCCAAGAGGAUCUGGUACUUUGCCUGCUGCUGUGCCCUCUCCAACGCACUGGAGAAGAGCAAAAUGAUCUUCAAGUACAUGCGCAAGGCUCAAAUCCACUGGUGUGGCCCCAAGGCCGACAUUGCCUUCAGGAAGCUGGCCACUUGCCCCAACCUCAAGCACAUCAACAUCAAGAUUUCCAAAGCCACCAUGAUGACCCUCAACAAGCGAGAGGCCGAACUGGACCGGUACUUUCCCUUGGCUCGCAAGUUCCAGAGACUGAUGGACAUGCUCGGUGCAGACGAGCUCCUGGCCAUCCGAGGUCUCAGAGAGGUCUAUGUCACACAACUUGAACCCAAGGUGGCUCAAGUGACCGAGUUCGACCGUAUGGGAUUGCUGGCGGCUCUAGAGGCGAAGUGCAAGCUUCCGCGCCAGCAUGAUCCCUACAGGUGUAAUGGCCUGCUUUCAAGUGGCAGAUGGCGUUCUCGUGAAGAUUCGAAUCUCCCGAAAGAUGUCUUCAGGAGAUGGGAGCCCGAAGAUUGUCGAAUGCGCGAGAUGUCCCGCGAGGAUCUCUCGAGCUGCUUCAAGGACCGUCGCCUUGUCAUAGUCGGCGAUUCGACCAUGCGCCAGAUCUACUUCGCUGCCAUGACCCGCCUUGACCAUCAUGUUGCUGAGACGGCCAUACUCGACUUCGCCGUCUCCGAAGACAAACAUCGCAAUCUUACCAGAGAAGUUGAGGGCGUCAAACUUGAGUUCAUCUGGGACCCAUGGCUCAACUCCACCGGUUUUCUAAGCCAACUGGCUCGAUUUCGGGAACGGCCUGGCUCUGCGGAUUAUGAGAAACUCGUCCGAAAGGAGGAGAGAGAUUCGCCCGCACUGAUCGUCGCCGGCACCCCGGGUCUUUGGGCCGCUCGUCAGGGCGGUGAUCGAUACUUGGAGCUCUUCAGAGAAGGCAUCAACAACCUUGUGCCGUACCUGCACCGCGAUUUCAACCACUUGGUGGUGCUCCCCAAGAGCAGGUCCCAGUCGGCCUUUGAGGAGCUCUCCAACCAUGUCAUGGUUGCGCCUGUUCCCAUCCCAGCAUAUGAGAAGCUCCUAGCUUCCCGGGCCAAGACCAUCACACCGGACAGGGUUGACGCAAUGAACUGGAAUCUGGAUCACUUGCAGCCAGCCCAGCGCACACACGUCAUUCGGAGUUACAACUCCAUGUUGGAAGGCCAUCCAGAUGCGCUUCUCGACGAUGGACUUCAUCCUGUGGACAUAGUGGCAGAGAGGAAACUUGACGUGGUUAUCAACGCCCACUGCAACGCAGGAUUGGCCAGGAAUGGAUACGCAAACCAGGUUACUUGCUGCGCCCCCUAUCCGUCCCUUUCAAGGAUUCAGGUGUUGCUUCUUGGCCUCAGCAUCCUGGCUCUGCCUGUGCUAUUCCUCGAUAAGAGACAAGAUGCCUUCCCCUCUUUUGGAACAUCUCGAGUCGUAGAAACCCUGUCUGCAGUAGCGACAGUAGUCGCCGUCGCCGUCUACUGUCUGCUCACUGAUCGAACUCACCUCCUUAUCAAGCAGGAUAAGCACUUUGACGUACCAGACUUCAUCUUGCCUCUGAUCGGCCUGGCCAUCCUUGCAACGCUUUCCCUUCGAUCAAGAUCGCCUGCCUUAUCGUCAUCGAAAGGCCUCACCGCAAACUCCUUUCUGUCACGAGAACAGACCGAUGAAUGGAAGGGAUGGAUGCAGGCCUUCAUACUAUUGUACAACUACCACGCAGCGUCCGAGUCUCUGGCCAUGUAUAAGGUACAGAAGUUCCUGGUCGCGACCUACAUCUUCCUAUCUUGCUUCGGCCAUGCCACCUACUUCCUUCGAACCGAGGACUACUCUUUGCGAAGGGUAACGUACGUAUUGAUCCGACUCAACCUUCUCAGCUGUACUCUCGGGCUGGCAACGUCCAGCGAAUGGAUCAUCUACUCCGCGCCGCUGAUGACCUUCUGGUUCGGAGUAACAUAUGCUUCUCUGGCUUGCUUCCGGACUCUCAACAACAAUCCGACGGCCUUUUUCCUCAAGAUCAUGGUUUUCGCUGCCUGCACUACCUUUCUGGUACGAAGCACUCACCUUCCGGAGACAUUCUUGCGAAUCCUUAAAUCCACGAGCGGUAUCCACUGGAACGUGGACAUGUUACGCGCACACUUCGAUCUCGAUCGGUUUGUCCCGUACUUUGGCAUACUCACCGCUGCAGCAGCCCACAGGGUUUCAGUCCUCAGACGCCGCCAACUGGGUAUUAACGCCCGUGCUCCAUUCGAAGGAGUCAACGACGCACUCGACCGUGGACUUCUCGAAGUUGUAUACCCUGAACAGGAUGCUAUUCCGGUGAAGCCGAUAAUGAUCUUCUUCGCCGUCGCAUACCUCGUCGUCUUCAUUAUUCUUGCUUUCGCGGCCCAGGUGUACCAGAACAACGACUCUUAUAACAAUUUCCACCCCUACACCAGUCCAUGGUUUGUUCUGUCAGCCAUCAUCACCCGCAACUCCAUCCAGAAAUUGCGCGAGCUCCACGUCCCACUUGCGGCGACUUUGGGCCGGUUGUCUCUUGAGACCUAUGUCCUUCAUCACCACAUCUGGCUAGGGAGCGAUGGUGCUGGUGUCUUGAGGAUCGGGCGCCCAGGCUACCUACCAAGGUCAGCUGAAGUUGUGGUCAUCGCAGCCAUUUACCUUUGGGCAUGCGCCAAAAGCCAUGACGCCACGCAGCGCAUCGCUUGUACUUUGACAGGUACAGAGCACCACGAGGAAUCGGAGGAUAUCACGUUGGGUCGACCCGUUAAGGACGCACCUGCGCAAGACGCGAAAGCCGCCGCAGACAAGGGCGCGCAGAAACAGGACCAAAACAAAGAUCAAAAUAAGAAUGGCGGGAAGAAUAAUGGAAAGAACAACAACAACAAUAACAAAAACAAUAAUAAGAACAACGGAGAUGUGACGAUUGUCCAGAACAUCAUCAAACCCAACAUCAUCGUCGUACAGGAGAACCUCGACAAGAUCAACCAGCUGCAGCGCCAAAAUGAGAGAGAACUGGCAGCAUUGGUGCAGUCGCAGCUUGCUCUUGCAACCCAGCUGCAGACGGUCAAGGACAACAUCCGAAUCAACCACUUCAAGGCACAAUUCCCUCAAGCCAACACAAUCAUCGUCACCGUCACCGGCCUCGUCGACAACCGCGCAGGGGGCCAACAGAACAAACGAUACCUCGUCAACCAGCUCCUUGCCGACAACGGACAGCCUGGAAAGCAGGCCCUGGUAAUGGUCACGGACCCGACGCCGAUGGAGAUAUCUACUCAGCAGGCAGCCUCUGCACAAUCCGAUACCUUCGGAGCCACCCGCGUCGCACUGGACGCCAACCCUAAUGCAGCAGCAAACAACACCGAUGACACUGUCAAAGCCGCCGCCGUCCCAGGGACUGACGAUACCGACACCACCCUCAAAAUCGCAGCAUUCGAUCAGGCGGCCCCCUUCGGACAGAUUGGUCAGAGCAUCAUUCUUCCCGCGGGAACACAAGCUCCUCAGUUGAGUCUUUCGAUCCCGGAUCCAGCUGCCAUUAUCUUGCCGAAUCAACAGGGUCUCUUCGUCGAGAACGCGGCAACAUUCUUGUCAGACUGUGCCUCGUCUGCCGCCAACGCUGCCAACGGAAAUCCAGCGCUUGCCGGUGCCGCCGCGACCCUCUUCUCCUCGUUCCAGCAAAUCGCCGCUGCGCAACUCGCGGGCCUGUCGGGUUUGGGCGUCUUCAACAACUCGGGACAGGCCGGACAGCCGUUGGGCGCUAUCGCCGUCGGAGCAAACCAGGGACAACCUCUGGCUGCCGCUCCCCCGGUUGCCGCACCUCCACCGCCUGCUGCAGCCCCUCCGGCCCAAGUAGCGACACCGCCUCAAGGACAAGCUGGACAACCACUGGGUGCCAUCGCCGUGGGUGCGAACCAAGGUCAACCCGCAAGCCAACCUGCCGCCGCCGCACCACCACCAUCAGCAAACGCCGCGGCGCCCCAGCCUCCAGCUGCCAUCGUCAACGGAGCGAACCAAGCCCAGCCAGCAACCGCAGCUUCCCCACCGCAAGCCCCCCGCAGCCAUCGCCGACACGGCAAACCAGACGCCGCCUACGAGCCCACCACCGGCUGGUCAAGAAGCGGGGGCGCCGGCUCCGGCUCCGGCUCCGGCUCCGGCUGCCGCGGCACUCGCUGGGGCCAACCAGGCGCAACCUGCACCUCCAGCACCGGCGGCCUAGCGAACUUCCAGUUCAUCCUGCGUCUUCUGAACACCAACGUUCGUGGUCAGGAGAAGGUCAUGUACGCCCUCACCAAGAUUGGUGGUGUCGGUCGUCGUUACUCCAACAUUGUGUGCAAGAAGGCCGAUGUCGACCUGAACAAGCGCGCCGGUGAGCUCACCUCGGAAGAGCUCGAGCGCAUUGUCACCAUCAUCCAGAACCCUACCCAGUACAAGAUCCCCGGCUGGUUCCUCAACAGACAGCGCGACAUCGUCGACGGCAAGGACAGCCAGAUUCUCGCCAACGGCGUCGCCUCCAAGCUCCGCGACGAUCUCGAGCGCCUCAAGAAGAUCCGCGCCCACCGCGGUCUCCGUCACUACUGGGGCCUCCGUGUCCGCGGUCAGCACACCAAGACCACCGGUCGCCGCGGCCGCACCGUCGGUGUCUCCAAGAAGAAGGGUGGUUAA